UUUUAAGGCAGUAGAAUGACUCUCUCCGUUCGGCAAGCUGAAAUGGACGCCUUGGUGGACAAUCUAAUUGAAGAUGAAGCUGAGAAAGAGGGUCUUCUUGCUAAACCCACCUGCUUCAUUAUAUUUGGAAGACCGGGUAUUGGGAAAUCAACCUUGGCCAAAAAGAUUGCAGAAUCCUGGAAAUGUAUCUUAAUUGAUGAUACUGACCUUCUCAACACACACAUUAAAAACAAGUCUAAUGAAGGCAUAGAGCUGCUAAACAUCUUAUAUGAAGGGAAAAGUAUUCCAGACGACAUGGUUCUGCAGCUCAUCCUUGCCCGGAUUAAUUCGCCUGAGGUUGAGCACUAUGGCUAUGUGUUGAGCUGCGUGCCGUUUAUAUCAGAGGACUCCCGUAAGAUCUGCGAUCAGAUUGAACUGAUCAGAAACCUCAAGCUAACGCCAGAUUUCAUCAUUAACAUUAAGUGUGCUGAUAAGGACUUAGUCCAAAGGCUGUCAGGUCUGAAGCAGCAUCCAGAGAGUGGCAAGUUGUACAGCAGGGAUCAAUGGAAACAGGAAGAGGUGAGCAGCAGGAAGGAGAAGAGCUCGAGUCAGGAGGUGGAUGAGGACGAGGAGGAGGCUGAGGAUGAAGACAACUCUAAGGACAUUAUUGACCAGAUGGUGUGGACACCAGAAAACCUGCCUAGAAAUGCAUUUGCUAGAAUCAACACGUACAAGGACAACCUGCUUAGACCAUUGGAGGACUUUAUUGCAGAACACAACCCCCUUUACCUUUUGGAGCUGGAUGGAAACAAUACUCUUGAAGAACAACACUUGUCUGUGAUGACCCGUCUUCAAACUAUGGCUAUAAAGCGAGUGUCUGUUCCAGUCCUCCUCAGCCAAUAUGUUGAUGAAGAACUAGGAGACACCAUUGAAACGGAACACCUUCUGAGAUUUAUGUCCUCCAUCAGAACCGUGGCCCCUGGCUUUCGGUGGAGAAGAAGCCGCUGGGGCAGCACUUGUCCCGUCGCUCUGAAGGAGGGCAAGAUUAUUCCAGGAAAGCCAGAAUUUUCUGUAAGCUUUCAGGACAAGUUGUACAUACUGUCAUCGCAGGAGGCCUACCAGAAAUUUGUUACAAAUCCACGCAGGUACUUGUUGCCUCCGAUGCCCAGGCCCCCUUGCAAAGUUUCCAUCAUUGGGCCUCCCCAGGCUGGAAAGAGCACCCUGUGCAGUCUUCUAGCUCGGCACUAUGGUGCAGUGGUGAUCGACUUGGAGGAGCUCUCAGAGCCCGUUCUAGCCAAGGCCGAACAGGAACGGCUUGACAGAAUCAAAGAGGCGACUACACAAGCUGCUAUAGAGAAAGUUAAGAUGGAGAUGGAGCAGGAUAGUGAAAAAACUUUAGUGACAGAGGAUCAUCCACAAGUAAAGGCCCUGCUGCUUCCUGCGAUCCAGGAAGCCAAACAAACGAGACAGUCUCCCUUUGAAGUAUAUGCUGACGUGCUAGAGAAGCGCCUGAAAGAGAUUGAGGCGAUGGACUCCACAGCCGGGGCCAAAACUGGAUGGGUGCUUGACAACUUCCCCAAGAACUUAACUGAAAUGGAUGUCUUGGACCGAGCAGGAAUCACACCAGAUACAAUCAUCUGUCUCAGAGACAGCGACAGCCAUCAGGUUCUGAGGAGAGUUUAUGAGAAGAAUAAGGAAAAAGUGAGCAGAGCUAUCGAGAAGAGGCUACAGGAAGAACUGUCUCAGAGAAACCAACAAGAUGAAAAGCAAGAAGAGCAGGAAUCAGAGAUGCAAUCCGACUUAGAGACGGUUGUCGAAGAGGAAGAUGCACUACAGGAUGAUUUGGAUUUGGGCUAUCCCGACGUUCCAGAGAUGAACGAAUAUAAAGAGCAAAUGCUGCAGCUUGAGGGGGAAUGGGAGCAAAUGCAGUCGAGUUUACCAGUCGACCACUUCAACCUCGAGAUCGAGAGUAAAAGCCCGGAGGACUUGCUUCAAGAAAUUGUCCAAAACAUGGAGAAACCAUUUCAGUACGUGGCUUGGGAGCUGUCUACGCUUGACAUUGACGAGGAGGAAGAAGAUGCUAUGGCCUUAGCGGCAGAGGAAGACGGCAGUGACAACGACAAUGACGAGGAAGAGGAAGAGUUACAAGGCGAAUCAACAGUCAAGAGUUUGUUAGGGGAUACCAAGCAUUUCUGCCCUGUUGCUUUGAAAAACAUCAAUGUCCUCUGGCCGACUACCGACACAUUUUCGGCCAAGUACCGUGAGCGGACUUAUUACUUCUCCACCCUGGACGCCAGAGAGUCCUUCCUUCAAAACCCUGCGCAUUUUGUUUCACAAAGAGAACUCGUUCAGCCUCCCGCCUUGCGAAUCUUUUUGCUCGGCACCAGGGGGUCGGGGAAGUCAACUCACGGCGAAUGGCUCGCCCAGAAACUCGGGCUCUUCCAUAUUCAGUUCAGAGAGCUGCUCCAAAUGCGGAUCAUAGCCAAGACAAGUCAGCCGGUUCCUCGUGCCGAUGAAGCCGUGUUCCUCACGAGCGACUCAGAGUAUCUGGAGGCCCUAAUCAAGGAAGAAAUGGCGGGGGAGGAGAACGAAAACGAAAAUGACUCUAGCGCCAUGAACAACACUGAGGAGGAGAUCAUGACUGAAGAAGAAUUAGCCAUCAAAGCCUUCCUAUCCCACGGAGAGGCGCUGAGUCCACACAUUUUGGACAUGAUUGUUUUACCUUACUUUAAAGAAGAGCCAUACAAGUCUACAGGCUUCAUUUUGGAGGACUUCCCCCAUGACCCUGAGCUGGUGGAGUACAUGCUGGAGCGACAGCUUUUCCCUGAUGUUGUUGUUGUCCUGGAAGUUGAAGUUGCAGAUGUCCAAAAGCGCCUGUUGCCAACCUACUUUAAGAAGUGGCACGACCUACACACCAAGCAUGAAGAACAAGUAAAACUUCUGCGUCAUCUGCGCAAAACAAACCGAGAGGAGAAGAUCACCAAGAGAAGGGCUGAACUCUUGGAAGAGCAAGGACCUGAUGAGUCCAGAUUCAGCUUUAGGCAACAGAUGAGAAAAGAUGAUGAGUCAGACGAAGAUGCAGACAACACAAUGGAGGAGAUAGAAGCUAUACUGGAGGUGGAAUUUCCUCAAGAUGACAAUGAUGAGGAAAUGGAAAAUGUGGAGACCGAAAACGCGGCGACUGAGAGGAUCGAGGAAGAAAUACUAGAACGUUUUGAAAAAGAUGAAUCCAACCUUCUGACUGUGACGGAACUCCUCAGUGAAAACGACAUACCCAAACUGACAUUCAAUGCAUCUGACAAGCUCAAGAUCAUCCAGUAUCAUCUGCUCCAGAAAAUUGAGCCCCUGUUGGCGAACAGGGAGUCACUUUUCCAAACAUGCCAGCCCAUCUCGUACAGACUUGCACAGAAGCUGCUGCUCUCCUCCUAUAAGCUUCACAGUGCCUUCGGUUGUUGGGACCCUGUCCAGCAAUACAAAGAGAAGGACAUGAUUCAACCAUUGCAGUGGCCUCUCAACACUACAUAUCCGCUGCUCCUCAAACAGUACAUCUACUUUUUUGGAUCCAAGGAAAACCGCAACAGCUUUAUGCUGAGCCCCUUGAAAUACCUUCGACAGCCAAAGCCCACCCCUACCCUCCCUAUAAAAAUAGCAGUGGCUGGACCUCCUAAAUCUGGAAAAACCACAGUGGCACAAAUGUUUGCUAAAAAAUAUGGUUUGGCUCGGCUUUCCAUUGGGACCGCUAUGCGUACGGUGUUGAGCUGUAAAGAGCACACCGAUCUGGCGGUCCAGAUGAGAAGGUAUCUCACACAAGGCCAUGUUUUGCCUGAUGAACUGGCUAUUCAGUGUCUGGAGGUGGCGCUCCUGGACUCAGUGUGUAGCAUUCGAGGGUAUGUACUGGAUGGCUUUCCAAUGACUCUUAAGCAGGCAGAACUCAUGGCGUCUCGGAGCAUCAUCCCCAUGAUUGUGUUUGAGCUUGAGCUUGACACAGUGGAGGUUCUUAAAAGAGGCCUAACUGACAAGAUGAACCCUAGCAAGCCUUACGUCAUGCAUGACAGCUCUGAGAUCCUGCUCAGUUGGGAUUCUUCUUACAAGCAAGAGACUGGACACGUUCGGCAAUACUUCCAAGAACAGCAUCAGAACUGGUUCCCAAUCAAUGGCAUGAAAAGCAAAUGGUGGAUCUGGACUAAUAUAUUAAAAGAAGUCAACGCCUGUAUGAAGUGCAUUCAUUCCUACCUGGACAGAACACAAAGUGGGAAAGCUGCCUGCAUAAACAGGCUGUGCAUCACACCUAAAGAGCUUGGUUGUCGCCUUGGAGAGUUUGGCCAUUACUGUCCCGUCUGCCUGGCUCUUCACCACCACCUGGUGGAUUGCUCCGAAACUGCAGCCUUAACUCAUGCUGCUGAGUACAAAAGGCAUUAUUAUCGGUUAUGUGGCGAAAACCAUCUUGAGACGUUCCUGUCAACUCCUGAUGAGUUUGUGGCGCCUGGUUGUCCACACAACCUCCCAGAGCCCCACCUACUGCCAACAAAGCUGACAGAGCUCCAGGUGAAAAACAAAUUCCCAAAGCAGGCUGAACUAAAGGGCUUCUGUCCUGUCACUUACAAAGACGGAAAGCAGAGGUAUGAAGCAUUGGUCCGAGGAAAAAUUGAAUAUGCAGUGGAAUACAAGGGAAAACUCUACAUCUUUGAGACAAAGCAGAAGCAGGAUAAAUUUUUGAGGAUGCCUGAAACCUAUUGGGACCAAAAGCUGCCGUGUAAGGUUCCACCUCUUUGUGAGCCUAUUCCUCUCACCUCUCUUCCAACACUGGGCUACCUGGAACAGGGAGUGGCCGUAGCAGUGAUCAAAGCUAUGACCGCUGCUGGGACUCUCAAACCAAAGUACCCUUUUGUCAGUAUACAAAGAUCAGCUCUUCUUUAUGUGGCCUUCUAUCUGAAAGCUUUCAACCCCCGGGGCACAGACUACACUCGGCAGAAGUACAAGAAGAAGCUUGCAUCAUUUGAAGAGAACAGUGAGCUCAUUCCCUACCUGAGUUCAGCAAUGAGAGGGGCCUUCAAACCUCCCGGUGAACGUCCCAUAGAUUUUGAUUUUAAACUGAACAGGUUUCUGGUACUGAGAGCCCCGGGAGCCAGAGAUGCUCUGUAGCCACACCUUUAUGUUUCUUUUCAGCUUCACACUUCAGUUAGCAAUGCUGUUGAUGUGUGUGUAUGUGUGUGUCUGUAAGUGCGUGCACGCUCUUUCGUGUGUGUAAGAUUAUUAUUUAAACUUAUUUCUAGCUAUCUAUAUGCCAAAACAUGUGAGUGAGGCUGACAAUAAAAAAAAAGGUUAAGCACUUUUUAGCUUUGGUUUUUAUUGUGGCAGUUUGAAUUGAGCCAAUGAAAGAUGAUCAAAGGAAAUGCUAUUAAAUGCUGAGCUAAAUCCUUCUUUGUCAUUUAUGUUUACUUUAAGGGAAAAAGGUGCCAAAAGGCUUUUACUGUCAAGGGUGUUGCUGAUAGUAAGAUUGCACCUAA